GCGUGUUGUGCAGGUGUUGUGAAAGUAAGGCUUCAGUGUUUGGCAGCGUCUUUAACCCUACUUCUGUAAUUUUUAAGUUUUACGGGUUUUCCUGGAAAGGAAGAAGUUCGGUCAGAAGUAUAAUACUAUUAAUGUGUGCCAUCAAUCUUUACAAGUCAGAAUUAGUGGGAAAAAGUGUGUCGAAAAUUAUCUCUUAGUACUCUUGGGUACAUUAAAUUGAAGGCACCUGAAUCUGUAUCACAAUACAGAAUAAAAAUAAACGAUCAAUCUAAUCCCUGAGCAUGGAUAAAGAAUAUGAAUUGGCAGAAGCGAAGAGGUUGAAUUUUUUAUUAAAUUCGAGCAAAUUCUUGAAAUACAUUAGAUGUUCAAAUAAUAUGAAUGUUGAAGAAUUACUGUUAACGAGAUCUAGAGUGAGACGUUUCAAGGAGGAUUUUUGUAAAUAUUGUUUUCGCCCUUGGAAUGAUGGUUUUUUCACCCUUAAAGUUCGUCCAAAACCAGUCGUAGGGAAACGCAUUCGAAAAUUAUUAAGGAAACAAGAAGAAGCUCCAGGAAAGCUGACAUUAUUUCAGCAGAAACUCCUAGAGUUUGUCAAAUUAAACCAGGGUAACAAAUUAGUAAUUACUUGUUUAAGGUGCCGGAAGAAUAAAAUCAAGCAAAUGCCAAAAUGCAAUAAUGAAAAUACCAAAAAAGAACAGAUGAAAGAAGAAACCAGAGAAGAAGAAAACACAACAAAAGUUAAAAAGAAGAAGAAAAAGAAGAAAGAUCUAUUUGUAGGUCUGAAUCCUGAAGUUGUGUUAAAAACUGCUUUGAAUGAAAAUGCAUCUAUAGAAUCUCCUAAUAUUAAUUUUAAGGCAUCAAAACUGGUAACAAAUUGCUCCAAACCAUUCAACCUGCCUUCUUUAAAAGGUCUGAACUUGAAAUAUCAAGCUUCCAACCUAAAGUCAGGAGUUAAAAAGAUCAAUGAAGAAUGCUCGUUCAAUCCCAACGAUGUUCAAAACAACAAUAAUGUUAAUAGUACCAAUAAUCAAAAUGAUCAAUCAAGGUCAAAAAAUAGUGCUUUCUUUAAUAAUCUUGAAAUUAAGAGAAGGCUUGAACAGCAGAAGAAGAGAGAAAUGCAAAAGAUGAUUACACACUUAAAGUGUAAUAGAGAUUUAAGGGAAAAGGUGGUGGGUAAAGAAAAAACAGAAGGGAGGGAAAGGAAUUCUAAGGGAAAAAGAAGAAAAGCCCCUGCAGAAAAGAAACCUGAUUUGAAGAACUUUCUUCGAGCUUUUGGAAACCCAGCAAAAUGAUGUAGAAUACAUCUGGUUGUAUAUUGUUUGAUUCUGUUUGUUUUGAAAAAUAGUUGAGUGAGAAAAUAAGUACAAGUAUGAGAUCUCUCUUACAAAAAAAUAUUUAUUUACUUUUUAUUUCAACAAUGUGUUAUCUUCAUAAAGCAAAUGCUGUGGCAUAGCCACUAGCAAGCGGACUAAUGGGCUAUGCUGUUAAAGACGUGCAAGUGCCAAUUAAAUUAUGUUUGUGAUAGAACUUUUUUGGAUCAGGUCUGUCUUCUUGACAUGCUUCUCAUUUACAGAUAAUUGUAGAAUGUAUCAGUUGAAGCUAGAGGAAAGUUAAUUGCAGAAUUUAUAUUAAAUGCAAAAGUAUCAUAACAGAAAAACAUAAUCUUGAAAGUAGUGAAUUACAGAAAUGUUACUAAUAAUACAUUUUAGUAAUGUUUCUUGCAGUGAAAAGCUUCGAUGUCAUUAAAAUUGGUCUUUCAAAUCUUUUAUGACCUGUAUUAUGUGUUAUUACUAAUGGUCAUUGUGGAAAACAAACAAACAAUAUUACAUACUAGUGUAUUAGUUUUUUGUUAUUUUCAAUUACAUAUGUAUUUUUACCAAAUGUGUUGAAUAUAUCAUUGUGACUGUUGGAUGAAGAGUUAGAAUGCCAAGUAGUAUGUUGAAAGUGAAAAUUCGAAAUGCAUAAAUGUAUUAUCGUACUGCAAUGAUAACCAUCCCAUCUAAAUCUGAAUGUAUUUUGUUUAGAAAUACAAAUUGUUGAUUAAAAAGAUUUUAAUAUAUUGGCAUUGUUUUUGAUAGUAGGACCUUCAACUAUUAUUAUCUAUGGUAGGACCCAUAGAACUAUGAAUACAUAGAGGUGGUGGUAUUAACGCCUGCCACGUUCAGCAAGUGAAGCCAGGGCUGGAGACAUCCGCCAUAUUGGUGUGCCCAUAACUCGGCUGCCAAACGAUAAUAAAUGGGUAAUACAUAUUUUUCAAUAGAAUUUAAUAACACAAGUACACAUUAUUUUAAAUUGCAAAAAACCUCCGU